AGCAGCAGCAGCAGAAGAAGAAGAAGAAGCAGCAGCAAGUUUUAGACCCAGCAAACUCUGCCGCCUGUCUAGAAGCAAGAUGCAUCCUCAGCAGCUGACCAUCUCCUGGUUUUCCCUGGUUUUGCUGGCACCUCCCCUCAUGGCUACAUGGGAACUGGAGAAAAAUGUUUAUGUUGUAGAGUUGGAUUGGGACCCUGAUGCGGCCGGAGAAAUGGUGGUCCUCACCUGCAAUACCCCUGAAGAAGAUGACAUCACCUGGACCUCGGACCAGAACAGUGAAGUCCUAGGCUCUGGUAAAACUCUGACCAUCCAAGUCAAAGAAUUUGCAGAUGCUGGCCAGUAUACCUGUCACAAAGGAGGCAGGGUUCUGAGUCAGUCGCUCCUACUGAUACACAAAAAGGAAGAUGGAAUUUGGUCUACUGAUAUCUUAAAGGAACAGAAAGAAUCCAAAAAUAAGAUCUUUCUAAAAUGUGAGGCAAAGAAUUAUUCUGGACGUUUCACCUGCUGGUGGCUGACGGCAAUCAGUGCUGAUUUGAAAUUCACUGUCAAAAGCAGCAGAGGCUCCUCUGACCCCCAAGCAGUGACUUGUGGAGCAGCGACACUCUCAGCAGAGAAGGUCAGAGUGGACAACAGGGAUUAUAAGAAGUACACAGUGGAGUGUCAGGAGGGUAGUGCCUGCCCAGCUGCCGAGGAGAGCCUGCCCAUCGAAGUCGUCGUGGAUGCUAUUCACAAGCUCAAGUACGAAAACUACACCAGCAGCUUCUUCAUCAGGGACAUCAUCAAACCGGACCCUCCCAAGAACCUGCAGCUGAAACCAUUAAAGAAUUCUCGGCAUGUGGAAGUGAGCUGGGAAUACCCUGACACCUGGAGCAUCCCACAUUCCUACUUCUCCCUGACAUUUGGCAUACAGGUCCAGGGCAAGAACAACAGAGAAAAGAAAGAUAGACUCUCCGUGGACAAGACCUCAGCCAAGGUCGUGUGCCACAGGGAUGCCAAGAUCCGCGUGCAAGCCCGAGACCGCUACUAUAGCUCAUCCUGGAGCAACUGGGCAUCUGUGUCCUGCAGUUAGGUUCUACUCCCAGGAUGAAACCUUGGAGGAAAAGUGGAAGAUAUUAUACAAAUUUUUUUAAAAGACAAUGGAAUAGGGCCCAAAAGUUAUUUUCUACCUAAUUUUCUUUUUUUAAAGGAUCAUUAUAAUGUCUUUGUAGUAUUUUUACAUUGAAAUGCCAAAUGCCCACUGAAAUAAUUAGCUACUUUAUUUAUAGAUUUUCUAGCUAACAGGUUGCCACUGACCUUAAUGCUAUUUAAAUAUUUAAGUAAUUUAUGUAUUUAUUAAUAUAUUGUUGUUAUUGAACCCUUCUGUGCCAAGAUGUAUUAUAUGUUUCACACUCCCAGGACCCGAUCCGUAAGGAAUAGGCCCUAUUAUGCAAAAUGUGAAUUUAUUUAUUUAUACUGACAACUUUUCAAGUAAGAGUACAAGUGCAUCAGUUUUAUGACAACCAGUGAGAGCACAAUGUUCUGAUGCCAUAAUAUAUUUGUGAUGGAUGGGAACACAGAAACAGUUAAAUAGAGGCAGGGAGACAUGACUCCAUUUGAAAGGAUUCUGGAGAUCGAGAUGUUAGUUCCUGUAUCCUUGAAGGUUUCCUCGAGCUGAUGUUGAUAAAGCAGUUCAGGGCCACCUGCACUUCUAAGCAAGUUUUUGGGGGGCUUGGGGGGACAUUGGAUGCGUGAAUUUAGAAAGGCCUAAAAAAUUAAUUGAAAUUGAAAUUCCACAUCAGCCACCCUGGCCGUCCCCCCUCUAUCCAUCUGUAAGACACUGGAGAGUGACCCCGAGACAGUAUGUGUCUGAAAAGUAAAAAGGUCUUAGGAUCCAAGAGGGAGAAUAAGUAUAGGAUGGCCAAGCAAAUAAAAUUGUCACAAUUGCCAGUUGCCUUUUAAUAGCCAUGCAAAAAAGCCCAGGGUUGCAAAGAAAACAAUCAUGAAUCGCUUACUCAUCAGCAUGAGUGAACCUGACUGGUGGGUAUGA